AGUAACAUUCACUCACAAAUCAAUUGAUACCAAUUAUGAUUUUUCAUUCCCCAUGGGGACAGAUGCUUACAUCACAUCCUCCUAUGUACAUUGAUGGGAUUUCUUAAUGUUGCAGCACUAGCAAGCACUCAGUCACUUUGAUGGACCAAUUUGGUUUUGAAUGCUUCAAGAAUAACGGUCUGGAACAGCUGUUCAUAAACACUCUGAAUGAGCAGCUGCAGUAUCACUAUGAUCAGCAUAUCUUUGCAUGGGAGAUGCAAGACCAGGAGCAAGAGGAGAUAUCAGCUCAAAUGCUACAUUACUAUGACAAUAAGCCUACUGUGGAUGAGCUGUUGGAAAAACCAAAUGGGUUUCUUCACUUACUGGACAAGGCCAGCAAGACCGGCCAAGGUUCUGACUUCAUACUUGGUUUUCUGGAAAGUUCUGGAAAAAAUUCCUAUCUCAAAGUACAAGGUGAACAUGAAUUCAGUGUCGCGCAUUAUGCAGGCAAAGUGUCAUACGAUGCUCGGGAUAUGGUUGGCAAGAACCAAGAUUUUCUGCCACCAGAGAUGGUGGACACACUGCGUCUGUCCUCUAAUACAGUGGUGAAACAUCUGUUCACCAACCAGUUCUCCCGUACUGGCAACCUCAUCAUGUCUGCUGAAGAUUGUGGUAUCAUCACCAACACAAAGGAUCGGUGGGGAGCAACUCUCAUAGCUAGCACCACCUGCAGAGCCAGGUCCCUCACCGAAUCACAAGAAUGGUUCUCCCAGACACGACAGAUGCGGACAGCAGCUGCAACAUAUCGAAGCUCAAGUCUGAAGAUACUGCGGGGGCCAGGCAGCAGCAGCACCCAUUUUGUUCGGUGUAUACGCGCUGACCUAACCAGACAACCCAAAGGCUUCCAACAAGAAGUCGUGCGACAGCAACUGAGGGCCCUUGCUGUCCUUGACACAGCUGAGGCCAGGCAGAAGGGCUACCCACACCGCAUUCCAUUCCAUGAAUUUAUUCACAGGUAUAAAUUCUUGGCAUUUGACUUUGAUGAGACAGUGGACAUCACCAAAGACAAUAGCCGAUUACUUCUGGUGCGCCUCAAGAUGGAGGGCUGGGUUAUUGGCAAGAGCAAAGUUUUCCUCACAUAUUACAAUGUGGAGUAUCUUGCCAGGUUGUAUGAAACUCAUGUGAAGAAGAUCAUAAAGGUGCAGACCAUGAUGCGAGCCUUCUUGGCAAGGAGGAAUGUGUGUUCCAAGUUGCUCAAGUUUCGCCAAAAUUCUGUUGACGGUUUAAAGGAAAAAGAUGUGCAAACCAAACAACAGAGUUCAAAGGCCAGUUCUGAUCUGACUGAGGAAUCAGCUUCUAUCAUCAUCCAGAAACAAUUUCGUUGCUAUCAUGCAAGGAAACAGCUGGGGAUAAUGACAAAGUGUAAAAUGGAUGUAAACACAAUGGAAUGUAUACAGGAGUAUUAUAGAAGAUGGAAAUCAAAAACCAUAUUUCAAGUGUUGCUUAUGUACCGUGCUGCCAAACUACAGGAACUGGCAUAUUUCGCCCAGCAGGUCCACCUGUACAACCAGAGCGCCAUGAGUAGACUGGAUAAAUGCAACGUGACCACACCCCUGGAGAGUGUGGUAUGUGGAGCUCGUGCUUCAAUUGUCCUUGGCAAGAGGCGUCCGACUGUCUGGAAAUUGCCCUUCCAUCUUGAGCAAGACUUUCCAUAUUUUGAUACAGCAUAUCUCACUGAUUAUACGACUUCAAGGUCAGGGCCUUCAGAAUCUAAUGAAGACACUGAAGAUGCAUGGGAUAAACCAUUUCAAAAAGGGAAUUUUUUUCUACAAGGAGGUGCAAACAGGUUCCUCUCCUAA